CGCGAAUUACAUUUUCCGAGUGUGAGUGAAGGCAGCAGAUUGGGAGGGUCCUGCGGACGUCGCUUUAGCUUCUUGGGCGCUCACUGUGAUUACAGCUGCUACAGCAAAGGAGGAAGCACGGAUCCACUGAACGUUUGAGAGUACAGUCUGCGAAAGAUGGCAGCCAUCAGGAAGAAGUUGGUGAUUGUUGGUGAUGGUGCCUGUGGGAAAACCUGUCUCCUCAUUGUCUUCAGUAAGGACCAGUUUCCAGAGGUCUACGUCCCCACUGUGUUUGAGAACUACAUCGCUGACAUUGAGGUCGAUGGCAAACAGGUGGAGUUAGCCUUGUGGGAUACGGCAGGUCAAGAGGACUACGAUCGACUCAGGCCUCUCUCUUACCCUGACACUGACGUCAUCCUCAUGUGCUUCUCCAUAGACAGUCCUGACAGUUUAGAGAACAUUCCUGAGAAAUGGACACCUGAAGUAAAACACUUUUGUCCCAACGUUCCAAUCAUCCUUGUGGGCAACAAGAAGGACCUGAGGAAUGAUGAACACACACGCAGAGAGCUGGCCAAGAUGAAACAGGAGCCGGUCAAGUCUGAGGAGGGCAGAGACAUGGCCAACCGCAUCAAUGCCUUUGGUUACCUGGAGUGUUCCGCCAAAACUAAGGACGGCGUGCGGGAAGUGUUUGAGAUGGCCACUAGAGCGGCGCUGCAGGUCCGCAAGCGUAAAAAGAGGGGAGGCUGUCAGGUGCUGUGAGAAGUCAGGAGUUUGACUCAACAACUGAGGCAGAACUCCGGCCCACCCAGAUCAACAUUAGGAAAAAAAAAAAAAAACCUUCCAUUCAGGGGCGUUUGUGGACAACACUUAAUUUCACUAAGACGCCACAGGCAGGUGUAGAGACGGACACAGAUCUUUAAAAGCUAAACUUUUCUUUUUUUUUUUUAAUUUGUCUACUUUGCUACUCUCACUCUGUUUGCUUUCCUACAACUUUCCGUGUGUGUGUCUAUAAAUGUAUGUUUAUAUUUAAAUAUGCAGUUACUUUACAAACACAUACAGCCCUGCGUCUAUGUGGUUGUACAUGUUUACGGACACUGGUAGUUUAGCUGUCAGUGUGGAACACCUGCUGCUCUUAAAACCCUGCACACACCACUCCACCUCCGUACACACCAGCUUCAGUCAGCAUCCGUCGUCUAACGAUACACCCCGUGAGUCCUGCUUCUUCAAGUGCUGAGUCUGCACAUUUGUUAUUGGUCUGUUUCUAACCCCAAAAAAAGGAAUACAUUUAGUCACGUUCUCGCUGCGUCCCCUACAUAAAGGAAAAAAAGAAAAGCAAGAGAGUUUUGUAACGGUGACUAACACUGAAGACAGUGGUCAGCAGCAGUGGACAGAGAGACACUGUCCCACUGGCACUGAAAGACCAACUUCAACAACUUCACCACAAAAACCCUCCGCCCCACACAAACUAGUCUGCUCUCUUUGGCACAUCCAUCUUCAGAGUCCAGUUCAUCUAGUAAAAUACUUCAGUUUGUGAAGUUAGGAAAAAUUCUGUAGUAAACACUUUAGCUUUAGUGAUAAAUAAUAAACACUAAUUCAACAUUUUAGGAAUAUUACUACAAUAUUACUUUUUGGCACCCCACUUUAAAUGGGUAUGUCGAGUCCGUCCUUGUGGACACUUCUACAGCAUUUCAUUGAACAAUAAUCGUUUGCCCACUCUGGAACCAAUUUUAUAAAAAAUGUGGAUUUGAAAGUCAUUUACAUUUGCUAGACCGCCUUGCAAUAGCUCUGUGCCCUUUCAGGAUGCCUAUCCCCACUUUGAGAACCAGAUCUAAAAGCACCUUGAAAUGUCUGUGGCUAAACACUUAUUUUUUAUAGAGAUGGAAACUGAGACAUGAUGAACAAAAAUGACCAAAAGCACAUCCUGCAGUGGAACUGACCUGAGGUGUUUUCCACAAUGAUGGCCGCUGUAGCCCCCUGACUCCAUGUUAAAUCAGAAGAAGCCCCUGAUCGCACAGUAGGUCUGUACUCACUGGUCACAGCCAUGGUGUAAAACGAUGAGAUGGCUGCAGGUUCAUAUUGGACCUGCAUCCAUGUUCAAAGAGAACAUGUGGAUGAUGAAACUGCUUUACUAAUAAGAGUGGGAUGUGUGUAAUAUUUGGAUGAGAUAAACACUAAUAAAGUAUUUUUGAAAUGCUA